CUGUUAUCAAAAUAAAUAGAUAUCAAAUUGCACAAUUUUUAAUAGAUUUUUAUCAAUUGCAAGGUAUUUAAUAGUAGUUUUAGUAAUAAUUUCUUGUGAAAAUUAUUUUAAAAGUUUAUCUUGAAGUGUAACAAGAAAAUUUGUGGUAAACCGGCGAUUGCAAAAAUUUGAGAUGGCUUUAAACGAAUUAUCAGCAAACUACUCCUUCGACGGAUGGCAGAAAGUGUUUUCCCACGAUUCAAAAACCGUAGGGUGCUCCAUGAAAUUCGCAAUAUACUUGCCACCACAAGCUGAGACUGGAAAAGUGCCUGUUUUAUACUGGCUUUCGGGGUUAACUUGUAACGAAACAAACUUUAUACACAAAGCCGGUAUGCUUCAGAGCACGGGUGUAAUCAUUGUCUGUCCGGAUACUUCCCCACGGGGUUUAAGUUUACCCAAAGAAGACGAGAGUUGGGAUUUUGGAACCGGUGCCGGAUUUUAUGUGGAUGCUACCGAAGCACCUUGGAAGGAUAACUAUAAAAUGUUCUCGUAUGUUACGAAAGAGCUGGUUGAUUUAGUUUGUGAGAAUUUUCCUGUGUUGAGCGAUAAACAGGGGAUAUUCGGACAUAGCAUGGGUGGUCACGGUGCUUUGAUAUGUGCUCUGAAAUGUCCAGGAUUGUACAAGUCUGUUAGUGCUUUUGCACCAAUUUGCAAUCCGAUAAAAUGUCCAUGGGGCCAGAAGGCUUUGAGCGGUUACUUAGGUCCUCAAGAAACCGGCAAUUGGAACGAAUGGGACGCAACCGAAUUAGUUAAGAAAUACAGUGGACCUCCACUAGAGAUUUUCAUCGACCAGGGAACCAAAGACGAAUUCCUUGCUGCCAAACAGCUACUACCCGAAAACUUCCUGGACGCUUGCAAAGAUAACACCAAUGUCGCAUGUCUGAUGACCAAUCGUGCUAAUUACGACCACAGUUAUUAUUAUAUAGCCUCCUUCGUUCAAGAGCAUAUCGCUCACCACAUGAAAUACUUAAAACAAUAAAUAUAUAUAGUAUAUUAUUACAAAUACUCUGUAACUUUCAUUAUUUUUGCAUUAUCUUGUUAUAUCUGAGCAAAUCAAAUGUAAAUCAUAAAUCAUAAAUCAAUUUA